CGAGGCUCGUCGACUAGUCGUGACGCCGAACUCUGUUUGGAAACUGAAAUAUUCAAAACUGGCUUUCCUCGACUCAAAUAGCGUCAAUAUGUAUUGUGGUGCGUGGUGCCUGGUGCAUGACACAUCAUGGAUGUUGUGAAAGAAAGUAACAAGAACAGUCUGACCUCAGGGAAAAUGGUUGCUCUGGCUGCAGGGCUCUCAGUUGGUGCCACUGUAGGCUACAUGUUGUAUCGUCACAUAAACAACACCAGCAAAAAUCAGGGCUCAGACACCAAAGAAUCCAAAAUGACUCUUCCUAUAGAAAUUUAUAGGAACAUAUGCAGAUGCCAAGCUACAUUUUUGGAUAUGGUGAGCCAGAAGUCUGGAGCUCGUGUGAGAGUUCUGUCAGAAUCGGGGGAGCCUGGAUCAAAAGCAAACAUUUGCUUCCAGCUUCACGGCUCCGAAGAACAGAUCGUGCUCGCCCGUUGUGUCCUGGAGAACCUGGUCAUAGACUGUGAGCCUGUGUCUGAAGUUUUGAAGGUUCCUCAGACCUCCUUUGGGCGCAUCAUAGGGCGUGGUGGGGAGAGUUUAAAGUUCAUCACUAGAACAACCGGAGCCAGAGUGGCCUGUUCCAAAGAGAACACUCAGAGCCCAGCGGUACACGGUGAGGUGUCAAUCACAGGGACCAGACAGGAAGUGAAGCAGGCCAAGGAGAUGAUUCUACAAAAAGUCAAAGAGGACAUGACGGUGAGAACAAAAAUCUCCCAGUCGUCUGCCCUCCGCCAGAAACGUCACCAGACAGCUAUGAGUCAAAAGCUGAAGACUGAAUCAGCACUGGGUUUGAAUAACAAUGACCCAGUCUCCUACACGGAUAGGAACAAAUUUGUCCACCCUAAUGGAACCACAGGAGAUACCAAAAUGGAGAAGCUAAAAGUGCCAGAUGACCAGGAGGAGGAGGAGGAGGAGAGUUUUAUUUCAGAGUCACUCUCUGAAGUGUCCAAGUUUGAAAUUCCUAGCCCGGACCUGAGCUUCCAGCCUGACGAGCACUUAGAGGUUUACGUUUCUGCAUCGGAGAACCCAAACCACUUCUGGAUCCAGAUUCUGGGUGUUCGCUCCCUCCAGCUGGACAAGCUGACAGAGGAGAUGAACAGCUUCUACAGUGAUGGAUUCUCCACAGAGCAGCAAGUUAAGACUAUUGUUGUUGGAGACAUCGUGGCAGCUCCGUACAGAGACCAUGGCACAUGGAACAGGGCCAAGGUGCUGGGAGUCCUGGGCUCUGAUCUAGUGGACCUGUACUAUGUAGACUUCGGUGAUAACGGGGAGCUGUCUCGAGCCAGCCUGCGGCGCUUAAGGAGCGACUUCCUCAGCUUACCGUUCCAAGCCAUUGAGUGCAGCUUAGCAGGAGUGAGGCCAAAAGGAGACAUGUGGUCCGAGGCAGCCCUGGAUGACUUUGAAAGGCUGACGUAUUGCGCUGAUUGGAGACCCCUGCAGGCCAAACUCUACAGUUACUCCCACUCUGAGAUCUCCUCCUGGCCUAGUGUCAAACUCUACGACAACAGCAAUGGAAUGGCAGUGAACAUCGGUGAGGAGCUCAUACGACUGGGUCAUGCUGUCAGCUUCCAGGAAGUGUUGAAUGGAAGGAUGGAGGGGGAUAAUCCUGGUUCUCUGCAAAGAAUGUUGGACGAUGUAAGAGGAGCUUCUUCAGAGCUCAGUCUCUCUUGUAUCAGUUUAUCAGAAGCUGCAUCAAUCUCAGGAAGUAUUGAUGAUGUCAUGGCGGAUAAGCUGCAAUGAAACCAUCACAGCUUGUUGCUGUGAGCAGCGAGGGAAUCCGUGACACUGAUCACCUCGCCGCCGCCUGUGUAACAGAGCUGACCAUCCACACCUCAGCAUCAGUCCAGAUGAUGAAACUCAACCGCAUAUACCCUCACUGAGGAGCCACGUGCACCGCAGCUCCUUCAGCAAUAUUCCCUUCAUUGUUUUGCUUUUGAGCAGUUCUGCACCCAAUUCUGCUUUGCAUGAAAACUGUUACGAACAUUUGAUUUGGAAAAAUUAAACAAAUGUUUUUACCACAGAUAAUGUGGUACAAAAUGUUAACCCUGAGGUUGCAGGUUCAAGCCCAGGUUGGGUUAUGACGUAAAACAGUUGUUAAAUCUUUAAUGCAAGUGUGCUUGCUGCUGCGCCCCUGCAGAAGGAGCAGUCAAAGGAAAAACAUUGUAUAAAAUGUCAAAGGCUGCCAGAAAUGGCCAUGUUUGUAGUUGAUAAGGUUGUUUUUUUCAGUG